AUGAUCCGCGAAGACUCGACUACCUCCCACAAUGCCCGCACUGUGAUGCCUCCUGGCACUGCUCCCGACGACUUGGGAGAGCAAACCCCUCCACCGCUCACGAGAAGGCUACCUCCUGAGCUACUCUCGAUCAUAUUUGAACAUAUCGCUUCUCGCCAGCUCUCUUUUCACCCCAUGCGUGAACCGACCACGUCACUAGAUGACCCUCGCACCCUAUCCCAGGUGUGCUCGCGCUGGCGCGCUAUCGCACUGAACCUCAAGAUCUUAUGGACGAGCAUUCCCGUUGUGAACGAGUUCUGGGCAAGCUUAUCCCUUGGGCGCUCUAGCCCUCUCCCGGUGUCGAUCUCCAUCUCACAGGAUUCGAAUUUGCGAUAUGCUACCGACGAAGACACAGUGAGGGCGCCAUUUGGUCUCUAUCACCUGUACGACGGGAUCCUCAAAGCUCUCUCGGAGAACCAUCGCGUAUUCCAGCUCGAAAUCGACAUCUCCGACUAUGAUUCCCAUAGGAUCACUUGGUUAACGCACAAGAUCUUCAAACUGCUGGAGUCAAAACCCAUGCCCCAGCUGGAAUCCGUCCAUGUUGAUCUACAAUGGCACGAGCUGUACGGCUCAUACACUUCCUUUUUGGGCCAACAUAUGCCGUCGAACCUCCGUCAACUAUCGUUAUUGCGUGGGAUAGAUCAAACGAGCCUGCCGUGCUCUCAUCUCUUCGCGGCAUCGCUUACCGUCCUGAAACUCGAUUGUGGCGCCGUAUGGGAGACCAUGGACGAUGCUUUCGACGCACUUUCGGUCCUUUCCAAACUCGAAGUCUUCGCCUUGAACCGUGACAAGAACCUCGAUGAGGACUGGAACCAGCCGAGCGCGCUCCCCGAUUUCAAUAUACCCGAGCUGAUCAAUGAUACACGGCAAGUAUCGCUACCAAACCUACGAGCGCUCACACUGUGCGAGCCACUGGCACAUAUCGUAUACCUACUCAAAUGCUUGGUAUUCCCGCCCACGGCACGCAUCGAGCUUAACGCUCUGGACAAACCCGAGGAGCAGAACACUUUCCGCAAUUUGAUCGAUAUUGUUGUGGCAUCCCUCGCUACUCACUAUGCCCCGAUGGUUGCAGACGGCCACCGCUUCGACAGCCUACUCUUGGACAUGUAUGUCAAUUAUGGACAACACCGCUUGCUCGUCGGAGCAGAUCAUGCACAACACUUUGCUACAACAACGCAAGACGCCGCAGAGUUGAUCCCGAUUGUGUCCAGAGCCACCAGUCUUUCGCUCGGCUCGCGCUUCACGGAAGAAGCCUACUCUGAGUACACUUACGAAACGACUGCGCCGGAUCCUUUCGCCGAUACCGAUUCUAUGCAGUGGAACGCUAUGUUGUCGUCGCUCGAGCAAGUCAGCGUAGCCCACUUUUACGGGCAUACUGGCAAACACGCGCUACUGGGCCUCCUCACAGAGGACGAGGGUGUCACCCAUCGCGAUCUCGUCGAUCUCACUGUCGAAGAACUGUCGUUCGUACCGCCCUCAGAGCUGGCUAGCGAAAUAAAACCAGCCUGCGUGUCUUUCGACGCGCUUGUCUCGGUGCUCAACAGGCGUACGGGCCCGGACAGAAUACAGUCCGUCGCGAAACUGAGGCGCCUGGAACUCAAGUCCUGCGAUAUCGACCGCGCCCAGAUCGACGUUCUUCGCCGCGAUUUCGGCGAGGACUUUGUGUCGUGGGAUGGAAUGCGGCGCGGUACGGACGAAUCAAGCCGCCAUGCAAGAUUCGAGCGUAUGUGGUCCAAGUCAGCGGAAAGCAUGCGCCCCACUUCGGAGAUGUGA